GACAAAAUGAAAUAUAUUGAAUAUACAUGAAAACAUAAUUUCAUACUUUAUCAUAAAGUUUUUAAAAGAUGAGUGCUUUGUUUGUUUUAUAAACCCUACUCAUUCUCAACUCUACACUAAUAUGUUUGGUUUGGGUUGAUUUGGUUUGCAUAGGGAGGAAAAUGAUCAAAGGGUUCACUAGAGCAAAUAUUAUCCAAUUGGUGGUGAUAGUAAUAUACCAAUAUAUAUGUAUACAUAUAGUAUUGGGAAUAUCGGUAAAAUCCUUAUAUUUUUCGUUUUCAAAUAAUUAUAAUUGUAAUUUUUCUAAGAUUAAACAUUUUGCUAUAUGUUUGUUUGUCUUUUUUAUUUAUUUAUUUUUUUUGAAAAAUUUACGAGCACCUCAGUUAAAUUAGUUAUGUAAGAAGUGUAUUUUUCUUUUUUUAUGAGAAGAAAAAGAGGAGGGCUUAACAGGUGUGACUUUUUUUUUUUUUUGGUAUAAUUACGAGAGUUUCAACCAUGCUUAUGUAUGUUCAUUUAUUAAGACUCUCUAAGGUGGGUUGGCCCCAUUUUCGAUAGGGUGCGUUACACUUACACGAGCCCCAUUCAUUGUCCUAAAAUAAUGACAAAAGGCUAAAAAAAUCAUUAUGGAGUAUUUUUUUCUUUAAUAUAUAAGCAUUUUUACAUACACCUAAUACUUCUAUGGUGGUGAGUUGAGCAAGCCUGAAGGUGUUAACUAAGAAGUAAUUACUCUGCCACUAAACUUGUCGCCCUCACUGGGCGUAUUGGUACAAAAGAAGGCCUUGUAAUAUUAAAGAGUGAUCGAGUGAAAGGAACGCAGGAGGGUGAGAGAGUGGUGAAAAUGAGAAAGAAGUAGUAUGUAUGUGCCUAUGUGGGGGUAUUGGGAAACUAAAAUCCCAAGUCAGAAAGCAAUAAUAAAAAGCCUGUUCUUUUCCUUAAAUUAUUUUAAUAUAUACUAAAGGAGCCGUACUGAUACGCUAUCCUGUUCUUAAAGAUACAUCAAGAUUUUCUUCACUUCAAUGCUCUUGCUCUUUCCAUCUAUCUCUCUACUCUUCCUUCCUUCUCCAAAGAGCUUGCUGUAUUAUUAUUGUUUGUUACUUCAUUUUUCCUUUUGACAUGUAAUCCAAACUCAUCUCAACUUCUCUAUAAAAGUUCCAGAGAGGAGAGUCAAACCACUACUAAAUUUUGUAGUUAUAAUAAUAAUAAUAAUAAUAAUAGUAAAAGAAAAAUGCAAAGCUUUCGAGCAGCUCCAUCAAACCCUGAAUUGUACACUCACUCUUCCUUCUAUUACAGGGGAGAUGAGUGUAGCCGAAACCAAACACGGUUCUCGGAUCUUGUGGAGCUUGAACACUCCGCAGCCGCUUUUCCACACGAUGAUGCUGUUGAUUUAAGCCCAAGCUCCAUCUUCAGUUUAAAAUCAAACAACAUCGCUGUUUUACCUAAUAACUUGCACCCCCACGAGACUUUCAACCCGGGUGCAGUGUGUUUGGACAUAGCUCCAACGACUACAGGGACGAGCUGCGUGGACACAGGGCAGGGUCAAGUCCAAGGGCAAGGACAAGGGAAAGGGCAAGGGCUGCAGCAGCAUCAACAGGUGGUGUACCAACAUCAUCAGCAGCAGCAGAAGCGGACGAACGUCGUCGUUUCGCCUUUGGGAAGCGGACACUUUGAGAAUUGGGGUGAUUCAGCCAUGGCAGACAAUAGCCAGCAGACUGACACUUCUACAGAUGUUGACACUGAUGAAAGAAACCAUUUUCAAGGAAUGCAGCAUGGAUCACUUGUAGUUGUGGAUUCCAUGGACGACCAGUCUGCCAAGGUCAAAACUGGUGACCAAAAGACACUACGUAGGCUGGCUCAGAAUCGAGAGGCAGCAAGAAAGAGUCGAUUAAGGAAGAAAGCAUAUGUCCAGCAAUUGGAGAGUAGCCGACUUAGGCUUUCGCAACUAGAACAAGAACUUCAACGAGCACGUCAACAGGGUAUGUUUAUUGCUUCUGGAUUUUCAAGUGAUCAUAAUCAGUUGAUGGCAGGAAAUGGGGCCCUUGCAUUUGACUUGGAUUAUGCACGCUGGCUUGAUGAGCAACAACGGCUUACAAAUGAUCUAAGAUCGGCUGUAAAUUCCCACAUGGGCGACAAUGAGUUACGUGUUCUUGUCGAUGGAGUGAUGGCACACUACGAUGAAAUAUUCAGGUUGAAGAGUAUUGGUGCCAAGGCUGAUGUCUUUCACAUGCUCUCCGGCAUGUGGAAGACGCCUGCAGAAAGGUGUUUUAUGUGGUUAGGCGGGUUUAGAUCAUCAGAAGUUCUCAAGGUGAUACUAGGGAGCCACCUUGAACCUUUGACAGAUCAACAGUUGUUGGGCAUAUGUAACCUACAGCAAUCUUCUCAACAGGCUGAGGAUGCCUUGUCACAAGGCAUGGAAGCUCUGCAGCAAUCUCUUGUGGAGACGCUUUCCUCGGCCACUCUAGGGCCUGCUGGAUCGGGCAAUGUUGCCGAUUACAUGGGCCAAAUGGCGAUCGCAAUGGGCAAGCUGGCUACUCUAGAGAAUUUCCUUUACCAAGCUGAUCUUUUGAGGCAGCAAACACUGCAACAAAUGCAUCGAAUUCUGACUACUCGCCAAGCUGCUCGUGCUCUUCUCGUUAUAAAUGAUUACUUCUCUCGCCUCAGAGCACUCAGUUCACUAUGGUUGGCGCGCCCCAGGGAGUGAUUUACCUCAAUCUCAAUUUAACUGUCACGUAACUAAACAUUUUAAUUAAUUAAGCAGUUAUAUUCCCAUUUGUUAGGAAGAAGAAUUUAAUAGUUCUGGGAAGAAAGACAAAGAUAGUAAGCCCCGUUAGAUUGGCAUAGUGAAUAUGAUCACAUGUAUAUGGCUUCCUAAAAUUAGUAGGGAUGGUUCUUUCCUUUCCUAGCUCUUGGGGCAAGGACCAAUUCAUGUAUAAACCAUUUUCCCCUUGUGGAGUUAGCCUAUACUAACUUUUAUUUUUAUAAAGAAUGUGUUAAAAAAAGGAUUUGUAAUUGUUUUAAUAGGCACUAAAAAGUUAAAAUAUGCCAUUUCUUUCC